GCACCCAAGAACUCUUUGGUCAACCUCGCGGACAACAUGAGACUAAACGAGCAUACCGCCGUUCUCAAUUCGAACCAAAUUCUUCUGGUACCUUAUUCAGAACACCAUGUGCCCGCCUACCACGAAUGGAUGCAAGAUGAGGAGUUGCAAAAGGCUACCGCUUCGGAGCCUUUGACUCUACAUGAAGAGUAUGCAAUGCAGAAGUCGUGGCGUGAGGAUGCCGAUAAAUUGACCUUCAUUGUUUGCACGGCUCCCGCAACGGAAGAGUCUGAAGCCUCAGAUUUCCAACUACAAAGAGGCAAUCAGGAUAGUCCUGGGAACAUGAUGGGUGACAUUAAUUUGUUCCUGAAUGAAGACGAUGAGCAAGAUGAUAGUAGCCCAACCUUCCAGAACGUCGUAGGAGAGGUGGAAAUCAUGAUAGCGAGGAAUGAUCUACAGGGAAAAGGCCUUGGCAAGACGAUUCUGAACACGUUCAUGUGGUACAUGCUUUCAUCUAUGGACGAAAUCAGACAAGAAUGGCAAGCACGGCAUGGUGUCUCCGGCAAGACGAGCAACCUUGCCUAUCUACGAGUCAAGAUUGAUGCCAGCAAUACUCGAAGCAUUCGGCUAUUCGAAAGCGUAGGCUUUUCAAAAAUUCGCGAAGAGCCGAACUAUUUUGGAGAGUUAGAGUUAAGGUGGCCGAUUUCAAGCGGGUCAAAGACAGCAGUUGAGGAAAGGUUGGAGACGGUUCCACGUGUUCUGAAUUAUUAAUGAUACUUUGAGGUUGGGGUGAGCAAUCCUUCUGCUACCAUAAUGCCGUAAUAAAGUACAUUGUUGAUUUCUAUCGUGACGCAUAUCAAAUCUCUCGAGCCUCAACUGAACUCAAGAGAAGAUAUCGUUUAUGAUCUGCUCGCCGCGCCAUUUUCGACGGACGCAGCCAUCUUCAUUUGAACAGAACCAUCACUCUCACACAGCGCAAACCGUGAGUGUCACGUACAACCACCGUCAUCUAUAGCUUCUGGUAUUCCAGUUUGCCUUCCAGUUUCUUCGACUCGGCCAUCUUACGUACUGCCUUACUGAAGUCAUCUUGGUUGAUCGAGUCCCUGUAGUCCUUGAUUGCGAAAAGACCACUAUAUCAAAUUAGUAUAAGCCAAUUU